AUGCGUUCCCAAGCCACAACCUCUAAUGGCAACAAGCCGUCCAACCCAAAGCGGAACAUCAAACGCGCGCCUCCACUCCCGCGCAAGUCCUUGCGGAGUCUAAGUCUACACCGGGCAGGCGAUCAACUGGACAAUGGCGCGUACGUGGUCCUGGAGCUUAUCGGGACAGGCGCUUUCGGCGCCGUUUACCGUGCCGUCGACCGUGCGGGCCGCAUCUUUGCGAUCAAGGCAUUGUUUCCUGCUGAAACCGAAACCGAUCCCUCGGCACCCUCGGGCCAUGCUCGCACAAAGCAGAAGUCCACACGUAGGACCGCGUGGCAGCGCUUCGCCGAGGAGGUCGCGCUGCAUAGUAUGGUGACGGAUCACCCAGGGGUUUUGACCCUACACCGGACGUUCAUCUCGGCAGGACGCGCGUAUCUCGUGCUUGACUUCGUUGGAGGCGGCACGCUGCUGAGUGCGAUCACGUCUCAGGGGCUAUUCUGGUACGACGACGAAGCCAUCACGAGUGCAUUCCUCCAGCUCUGCGAUGCUGUUACACAUUGCCAUUAUCGUGGGAUUGCUCACCGCGACAUUAAGCCGGACAACGUGCUCGUAUCCUCGUGUGGCAAGCGCUUCUUCCUUGCGGACUUCGGCCUCGCAACGACUGAGGCUCAAUGUGAUCAGUUCGGUGCGGGAAGCAAGCACUACAAGUCGCCUGAGUGUCUUGGCACAGAGGUCGUUGGAGACACGUACGAUACCCACGCGGCGGACGUCUUCGCACUAGGUGUCGUGCUCGUGAACCUCAUCACGGGUGGCUACCCCUGGGCUCGCGCUCACUCAUCCGACCCAAACUUCCUCGCCUUCAUCCAUGACCCGAAUCAUCUGCAGAACACACUUCCCAUCUCACCAGCUGCCGCCGCACUCAUCUCGCGUACGCUUGCACCACUCCCAAGCGCGCGCAUCUCCCUAUCCGAUCUCCGGCGCGAAACAGUUCAGAUACGUCGUUGGGGUCUCGACGACGAAGAUCUGGUGUUCGCCAGCGAGGCCGCGCGCAAUAACGUGGUCGAGUAUGCGCGUGCGCUCAACCUGAACUACAAGCUACCUCCUGCUGCGCCUCCACGCCGUCCACCGCCCCCUCAGCCCCUCAAUCUCCCGACGACGGUGUCGAGUACAUCGACGACGACGACAGAGCGAUCUAGUGCACCUCAGACUCCUCCGAGCAGCAGCAUUGGUACACCUCCGCCAAGCACGGUUGCACCGGUACCCGGAUUUACCAGGCCCAAAAUUCACCGAGGUGGCUCUUUCUUGCGAUCGAUCCGAAAGCUUGGGAUUUGGGGCGCAUCCAAGUCGGUUUUGCAGGCGAUGCCAGAGCCUGCGUAG